CAGCCAGGCUCUGCCAGCGUGACCCCUGGUAGAGACACAGUUAUGCCACCCCGACGAAUGACAGACAGCAUCUACAUGAGUUCUUUUGCUGGCACAGCAAUGCUGGAUAGGGGAACGUCACCACACCUUUGUCCCACAGACCUGGCCUAUUUCAGUGUGGACUCUCCACCUGCCUUUGGAACAGGGCCCUCUCUUAGGGCCACGUGUCGUGAUGCUCAGCCAUCCCUUUGGUCAGGUUGGUACUGAUGAGAGUAGCAGCGACUUGCUUUUCUUUGGUCGCACUCAGUUCCAUUGGCGGAAGGAGCAUCCAUCCUGCUUAUGUGGCCCUACCUGCUUCCUGGAGUCCGUCAGCAGCCCUCUGUUUAAUGAAUGCUAUUGACAAUGCGGAUGAGAUCCGCCCGGAAUGGCUGAGGCCAGUUGGAAGAGAAUCAGAGCCAUCGCUUGAGCCCCAGUGUGCAAAAAAACAAACAAAUGGGGGGCGGAUAUUUUAUAUCCUGGGCUCCUGGGCUGGACCACAUCUCCCAUGGCGUACCAUGGUUCCCCUCGUGGAGAGAGGAGGCAGUGGCUCAUGGGAGAUAGAGUCCAGCUGAGGAGUCUGGCCUGUAGAAGAGAGUGAGGGAAUGAGGCAUCUGAACUACAACUCUCAUGAGGCCCCAUGGCAGCAUCGCAAAGAACAUUUUGUUGGCUUUCACAUGUUCGCUUGUUUUACCAAAAAAAAAAAUCAGCCAUUCCUGCAGGAACAAGGCCGGACUGUGACUAGAUUUACUUAGUGGAACACCUAAUGUUCCAUCAGGAAACAGUUCAACAGAUCAUUUUCAACCAGCCCGGAUGAGAUCUCUGUCCUCCCCUUGGGGGUUCCCUCCAGGGGCAGAUGGGGGGCAGGUGAGAGUUUCCAGGUCUGGCCCUGCCCCAGAGUUGGCUGGAGGCCUCUGGCUAGGGGGCUGCCAACUGGGGAUCUGGCAUCAGCACUAAAUUGGGUUCAAAGAUUUCUUUAAGUGCGGGCAGGGCCGUAAAAUGUAGCUUCUUCCAAGCCAGCCCCAGCCCUGCGGCUGGAGGGCCUGAGAGCUCAGCCCUGCAGAGGUAUCGCCUCGGUAACCCUUCAUCAGUUGCCGAUAAGAGCCCGGGGCGGUUGGCUCAAAGUUCCCCCUCAGCCCCAAGAGGCCUUAGCCCUGCUGGGAAGUCCAAGGCUGCCAGACAGGCUGAAUGCCAGCAGGGUGCUGCCUUGUAAAGCCAAUGGGUCCAUUUGGCUCACCUCCCCCCCACUGCAGAGUGGGAGAAAAAGGGGCAAAGAUGCUUCUUCAUGGAGGAGGGUGGGUUGUUCUGGGGCAUGAAGGGAACAAAGAGGGGCCCCAUGGUGUGGGGCAGAGACAGCCCCUUGUGAGGGGGGGCAGAGGGCGGAGGAAGGGUGGUGGUCCCUAAGCAGCGGUGCCUAGCACGAAGAUGUUUGAAUCGUCACUCUGGAACGUUGCGCGGCUGCGGGCCAAAUGACUCACUGGUGUAAGCAGGCGUGAAACCCUCUCCCCUCCUGGGAGCUUCCUUACACCUAAUGCUGAUCCCUUUCCCUUCCCCGCCUGAGAUGCAGCCAGCUCUGGGGCAGAGCAUAGCGGCUGUUCAGUCACGGUGUAGGGCAGGGAGCAGAGAUGAGCGCUGUGCCCCAAUGAGAUCACAGGAGGAACAGAGAUCAGCAGGGGAUGGGCUAACCGGGAGCCCAGCCUGGCACCCAUCCUGCUCUUUCUUGCUGCAACUUCCCUGCGCAAAGCCUGCUGGGAAUAUCCAAGAGCCAGCGGUACCCACAAUCAGCAAGAGACAGGGAUGCGGCUCUGAGUGUCUCCACACCGGCCCAUAGGGGAGCAAAGGUACCAGUCUAGGUGCCUGCUCCACCUCUGCCCAGGCCCAUCCCAUGUGGCGGGGACCUGAUGAUUAUGUGCCCAAAGGCAAAGUUUUAAAGUGUGUGUGGGGGGGUGUGACCCCGGCUGGGGGCAGAGGUUGGAGCCACAGGCCCUGCUAUCUCUGCCCUGAUAAGGGCUUUAUCUUAUCACCCCUGCGAGGAGGGUCCAAGGCUCCCAUCUCCAGCCUGGAUCCCAGAGUGUAAAAACUCCUCCAAGGACUUUACCCCCCUUGCCAAUCAGCUGACCGGACAGGGCCCAGCGCUGGGAGGGAGGCAGUCCCGGGGGAAGAGGAGGAUGGUAGCUCUGGGGCGGCCGCUCUGACCCAGUUCCAUUCCCUCCGGGGCUGACAUGGAGCAAGGCCAGAGGGCCCCUGGCAGAGCCAGGCAGAGGAAGAGAGCGGGACGAAGGCAGGAGGAAGAGGAGGAGACUCAGGGGCUGGACGGGAACAUCGAGCAACCGGAGAGUGUCACCAGCCUCAUCCAAUGGAGGAGACGCAUGGAGGUGGUGAAGUCGGAGCUGCUGGAGCACAUGCAGGUGCAGCUCGGGGACCUGCUGGACAAGGCCGCGGAGGAGGCUGCACGGUGCUACCCGCAGCCCCACAGAAAGGCCCGGCUGGAGAGAGAGGACAGGGGGAGAGGCUCCCUGCUGGAGAAGCGGAAGGUGUUCGUCGACCGGCAAUCGCUGCUCGACGAGCUGCUGGAGGUGGAGCACUUCCGAACCAUCUACCACAUGUUCAUCGCCGUGCUCUGUGUCUUCAUCGUCAGCACUGUCGUGGUGGACUUCAUCGACCAAGGGAGCUUAGUCCUGGACUUUGACCUCUUCAUCUUUGCCUUCGGGCGUCUCCCCACGGUGCUGGCCACCUGGCUGGUCAUGUUCCUCUAUACCCUGCUGGUCCCCUACAAAGCCCUGCAGCUGUGGGCUGGCUCCUACCACACCGUGCGCUUCCCCCGCCUCUUCACUGCCAUCCUCUGGGGGGCGCUGCUGGCCUGCCACGCCACCGUGCUUGGCUUCUACCCCAUCUACAUGGUGAUCCAGCACCAGCUCCCACCCGCAUCCAGGUUCAUCGUCGUCCUCGAGCAGAUCCGGUUCGUGAUGAAAAGCCAUUCAUUCCUGCGGGAGGCCGUGCCCGGCAUUAUCCAUGCCAAGCCGCCGGACGGGGAGGUGAAGCCUCCUGCGAUGUCAACGUACUUGUAUUUUCUGUUCUGCCCCACGCUGAUCUACAGGGAGAGUUACCCCAGGACCCCCUACGUCCGGUGGAAAUACGUCGCUCAGAACUUCGCCAAGUUUCUGGGCUGCCUGUUCUAUAGCUAUUUCAUCCUGGAGCGCCUCUGCAUCCCCGUCUUCACCAACAUGAGCAAGCAGCCCUUCAGCAUCAAGACGCUGGUGCUGUCCAUCUUCAACGCCACCCUGCCAGGGACCUUCCUGCUGCUGCUGGCGUUCUUCGCCUUCCUGCACUGCUGGCUCAACGCCUUCGCCGAGAUGCUGCGCUUUGCCGACCGGACCUUCUACAAGGACUGGUGGAACUCCACAUCCUUUGCCACCUACUACCGGACGUGGAACGUGGUGGUUCACGACUGGCUCUACUACUACCUCUACCAGGACCUGUUCUGGCUCUUCAGAGGGAGGUCCCGGGUCGCAGCCAUGCUGUCUGUCUUCAUCACGUCCGCCAUCGUCCACGAAUAUGUCAUCACCCUCUGCUUCGGCUUCUUCUACCCCGUCAUGUUCACCCUCUUUGCCAUCUUCGGAGUGAUCUUCAACUUCCUGCUGAACGACAAGCGGAAGAGCCCGAUCUGGAACAUCAUCAUGUGGACCUGCCUCUUCAUCGGCCAGGGCAUCCAGGUGUGCCUGUACUGCCAGGAGUGGUACGCCCAGAUCCACUGCCCGCUCGAGCAGAAGACGUUCUGGGGGCUGAUGACACCACGCUCCUGGUCCUGCCGCAGCUAGGAGCCCCUCUGGGUGCCGCCUUCCCCAUCGCACCAGAGGACGCUCAGCUACGCCCAGGCCCACCGGACACCCCAGCUACCAAGAGCUCCUGCUGCCAGGAUGCAUGGAGGAGCGGCACAUGUCCUUCUCUGCCCCUUUGGCUCCUUUCUUGCUCAGCGUGGCCAAAGCGGAUCGGGCUGGACUACAUUUCCCCCGCGAGGCCGGGUCUUCGGUCGCUUCCCCAGGGAGGCUGUGGGCAAGAUGGCAUUGCCAGUGGGCCUGGCUCUCUGGAGAGACCUGGGGUGGGGUGAGGAGCAGCUGCCACCCCAGCCAUGCACCAGCGAGCCAUACUGGACAUUCUUGUACUGAGACAGCCCUGUGCACUGUGUGGACGGGCCAGAGCAACAGCAGGGGCCGUCCCGUGCCUCAGCCCCGGGUUCAAGCCCUGCAGCUGGACUGUCUUUUCCAUCCACUCCCAUGGGGGAAAAGGCCACACAAGAGAAUUCUGCACUCACACAAACGUGCCUGCUCCACCUCUGGAUAAGACCCGGACUCUGGCAUUGUCUCACCCUACAAAUCAUCUGGUGCCGAUCCUGACACCAGGCACAGUUCCUCCAUUCACACUCACCUCCCUAGGCAAUGGACACGAUCCUCUAGGCUAGCAGGUUCAUCGACAGGGCAGUGUAGAUCGAGGGGUCCGUGAGCAAGCUGCGUUCCCACCCUGACCCCGAAACCCCAUCGGCAUACGCCAUGAAAGGGCAGAGCCCAGCCCUUUGGCUUCACUAACAGGGCAAGUCGCCGUAAACCCAGGUGCAUUCCAGCCCCAUCUGACUGCCCGUAGGGACCUGUCUGCCUGGGAUGGUACCUCCUACUGAGCAGUUUUAGCACUACCUCUGCAUCAGCUGGGCUGCGGCCAUCGUCUCUCUCCCAGGGCCAGGCUUUGCUAACAGCAUCUCCCAGCCCUGCAAAUGAAAUUGAAUGUGGAUAAAUGUCAAGUAAUGCACAUUGGAAAAAAUAACCCCAACGAUACACACAAUAUGAUGGGGGCUAAUUUAGCUACAACGAGAUCUUGGAGUCCUCG